AUGUUCAACUUGGUAACUCGCAUACAGACCGCUGCCAACCAGGCAUUGACUUCAGCAAGUAUACUUUCCGGUUUAGUGAUACUCUUGACCCUACUUCAGUUAUACAGGGACAACGUUUGGUCUAUUGACACCACCACAAUCUCCAACAUAGAAUCAAAAUCAUCACUCAAAUAUUCAUUUCAAUAUGGUUCAGUCAACAGGAAGCCAAAAGAAAAUGUGAAAAUAUCUUUUGAUUUAAACACGGAUUUGAGUGACCUUUGGAAUUGGAAUACCAAACAAGUGUUUGCAUAUUUAACAGUAGAAUAUCCAGGAAAAUCCAAUGGCAGUUCCAACAAGGUGACUUUUUGGGAUAAGAUCAUACGAAAUAAAAAAGAUGCCAAAUUGAGCUUGAAAGGUCAAAGGGGGAAAUAUUCAGUCUGGGAUGUGGAAAAGGGAUUCAGAGGAAGAAAUGCUACGGUCAAAUUAGAGUGGAAUAUUCAACCAUAUAUUGGUCCUUUGAUUUAUGGUGAGACUUCAAACGUAGGAUUUUUGGAAUUUCCAACAAGUGAGAACAAAUAG